AUGUGCCAGAUGUUCCCCUGGGAAAGCAAUGAGAUUUUAAGGGAUCUACUGUAUACAGAAAAGCAAUUCUUUAAACGUCCUUAUCCUUGGACUCUCUUCCUUGUACCUUUAGCCUUGAUUUUGUCCACUUCAGGAACUAUUUGUCGAAAAGGCGCCCUGUAUUUUGAAACUGAUCUUCGAGAUGAAGUGAGGGUCAGGCAGGCAGGGACGGGAUCUGCUGCCAUGUGUGAGAACCUCCCAACAGUUUCCGACGAUGACCUGCAGCUGACCAGGAGGGACGACUUGGGGAUCUCCUGCGCCGAAGGACUUCAAGAGGACCCUCAGGAUCCCUCACCUGAUGGGUGUGACCUCCGCAAGGGUGACCUGACUUCCGUCAGCGUCUACCACGGAGCCUCGGCUGUCCUUUCCGUGCCAGCCCUCCCUCACAUAGAGUCCUUGGAAGCCCUGCAGCCUCUGCAGUGCUUCCCCCAACAGGCGUUGUGUCCUCAGGAGCCGGGGGUGUACGCCAUUCUUCCGCAGGAUCCUCACGGUGUCCCUGUCCCUGCAGCUAUGACCUUUCAAAGUACCGAGGUCACUCACGUUCAGGCUGUGACCUCGACAGUGGCCAUCCAAGGCAGAGUCAAAGAGAGGAAGAAGAAAUGUAAGAGCGCCUACAAGCACGUGCCUCAUCGCGAGAAACCGCCGCACCUCGUGGCCCGACGCAACGCCAGGGAGCGCCGGAGGGUCCAGUCCGUCAAUGUCGCUUUUGCCAGACUGCGCAGGGUCGUCCCGGGCACGAGCGGAUCCCUUACGCGAGUCUAUGACCCGGGCUUCGGAUUUGGGACGCUCUGCCACGUGAAUCCUCGGGACCCUUAUGUGAACGAGUCCUGUGUGCCCCUCCCCCCUGCCACAUGGAAGAUUGUGCUACAGGACUUGGAGGAGGAUAACAAAGAGCCGCUAUUUCUAAGCAUUUGUCCUCCUUUUAGCCGAGUAGAAGUAACCGCGCAGGGAUUGGGAGGAGCGCUCUGA